AUGGCCACUGAAACCUCUGCGCCCAAGGCGCGCCAGCUCUCGUCCGAGGGCAAGCCGCUCAAGGAGAUGCCCAAGUCCUGGAACUUUACCUCGCGACUCACCCCUGACCCUCUGUUUCCCACCCCAGCCGCUUCGCACCAGACGCCCCGAGACGAGAUUGGGCCGCGCAUGGUGCGCGACGCCCUGUUCACCUGGGUGCGCCCCGAGAAGCAGGAGGACCCCGAGCUGCUCGCCGUGAGCCCCGCCGCCAUGCGCGAUCUCGGCAUCAAGGAAGACGAAAGAAUCACAGAAGACUUCAGGCAGUUUGUCGCGGGAAACAAACUCUACGGCUGGGACGAGGACAAGCUGCAAGGCGGCUAUCCGUGGGCGCAGUGCUAUGGCGGUUUCCAAUUUGGCCAAUGGGCCGGACAGCUCGGAGACGGCAGAGCCAUUUCUCUUUUCGAGACGACCAACCAGGAAACUGGUAUUCGCUAUGAACUACAGCUCAAAGGUGCCGGCUUGACACCGUACUCCCGAUUUGCUGACGGCAAGGCGGUCCUCCGAUCGAGCAUCCGAGAGUUCGUCGUUUCCGAGGCCUUGAACGCCCUGUCCAUUCCCACCACCCGCGCAUUGGCUCUCACUCUGCUGCCGCAGUCCAGAGUGCUCCGCGAAAGGAUGGAGCCAGGCGCCAUCGUCUUGCGCUUUGCCCAGUCCUGGAUCCGCCUAGGAACCUUUGACCUCUUGCGAUCCCGAGGCGACCGUAAGCUAGUCAGAGAGCUGUCCACCUAUGUCGCCAAUGAUGUUUUUGGAGGCUGGGACAAGCUUCCCGGAAGAUUGGCAAACCCAGACAAGCCUGCAGAUGGACCAGAACCUGCUCGAGGUGUCUCAGAGAAGACUAUACAAGGCGCUGAGGACGUUGCUGAGAAUAGGUACACCCGGCUAUACAGAGAGAUAGUCAGACGCAACGCCGUCGUAGUUGCGCAAUGGCAAGCCUACGGCUUCAUGAACGGAGUUUUGAACACGGACAAUACCUCCGUCUUUGGCCUAUCUAUCGACUUUGGUCCUUUCGCCUUUAUGGAUAAUUUCGACCCGUCAUAUACUCCCAAUCACGACGACGGCAUGCUGCGGUACUCCUACAGGAAUCAGCCUACCAUUAUUUGGUGGAACUUGGUCCGGCUCGGCGAGGCUCUCGGAGAGCUGAUGGGCAUAGGAUCAGCCGUCGAUGACGAAACAUUUAUUGCGGAUGGUGUAAAGAAAGACCAGGAAGACGAGGUUAUUGCGCGAGCUGAAAAACUCAUCACGCAAGCUGGAGAGGAAUACAGACACACCUUCUUGUCAGAGUACAAGAGGCUGAUGACAGCCCGCCUCGGCCUGCGCCAGCAGAAAGAGUCAGAUUUUGAUGUGCUCUUUUCCGAGGCGCUGGAUACCCUGGAAGCCUUUGAACUUGACUUUAGCCACUUCUUCCGUCGACUCAGCAGUGUCAAACUCGCCCGAGUGGCGACAGAGGACGCCCGACGACAAACAGCCAAGAUUUUCUUCCACAGUGAAGGCCUGCCAAAGACAACAACUGAGGCCGACGCUUUGGGUCGCAUUUCUAAUUGGCUGUCCAAAUGGCACGAUCGGGUCGUCGAGGACUGGUCGCCUGAUGGAAAUGGAGUCACCGACGGCGCAGAGGCGGAAAGGAUCCAGGCCAUGAAGCAGGUAAACCCCAACUUUGUUCCUCGGGGCUGGAUUCUCGACGAAGUGAUUCGCCGUGUGGAGAAGGAAGGAGAUAGAAAAGUUCUGGACCGUGUCAUGCACAUGGCUCUUCAUCCGUUCAAUGAUUCUUGGGCUGGCCUGGAAUUUGACGGCGCUACAUAUCAGGGCGACCGCGACGAGGAGCAGCGCUGGGUUGGCGACGUGCCUCGUCACGAGCGGGCCAUGCAGUGCAGCUGCAGUUCUUAG